AUGCCCCCAUUUCCCAAACAACACAAAAGUACCACGUCAAGGAACGUGGGAAAGCGGUGCGUGAUGACAGCCGGGGAGGAAGAGAACAUCUGCCAGGAGACACGGCCCCGGGAAAAGGGGACAGCCAAGAGCGCGGCCUGGGGACCAGAACCGGAGGGCGGGGAGGGGACGAGGGGCCGGCCGGAGGCGGUGGCACAGGACCAACAGGAAAAGCGGCGGGCGCGGAGGUCCAGGGUGGGGAGCGGGAGCCGCGUCGCCCAGACAAUAGGGGCGGCGAGCCGCCGAGAGGGACGCGCGAGGGGAACGAGCGGGCCGGAGACAGACACCAGCGCGGGGGCGUCCGGAGGCCCGGCGCGGGGGCCGGACCACCUGCAGGCCCCGCCGCCGCCGCCACCGCCGCCGCCUCUUACCGACUCGGCCUCGUCUCCGCACAGCAGCCCGGGCCGUCCGGGGCCGAGCCGGGGCGCGAGCACGGGGCCAGCCCGGGCCUCCAGCACCGCGCCCGCCGCCGCCUCCGCCCAGGCAAGCGGCUGCGGAGGAAAGCGGGACCCCAGCGAGCCGAAAGUCGCAAGGCCGGGUCCCGCCCCCGAAGUCGCAACGGAAGGGACGGCUCCGAGCCCUCAAGCCCGCUCGGUGUCCGCUGCCAUCGCCUCUGAUGCCGCCUCUGUCGCCGCCGCCGCCGCCGGACAGCCGGAACGCGACGCCGGACCCCGACGUCAGCCACCCGCGACGCGCCGGAAGCGGGCCGGGCUGCGUCACGUGACUGGGGGUUGGGCCCCGGUCGCGCCGCCCGAUUGGAGGGCUUCCUGGGAGGCGGGGCGUGAGAUUGCAACCUAG